AUGGAACUUGAUUUAUCUAUCGUGGGUCGAUCUGUGAUUGCCACGAGGAGGUCCUCGGGUUUCACGCGACUAUGUCAAAAUUCGAACUUUACAGUAAAGUGUAUUCAAAGAAACAGGCAGCGCCCGCUCUGUGUCUCGUCGAGUUUGAGUUUACGUAAAUGUCAAUUUAGCCACAGAAGUCGGUUUGUGGUGUUUAGCGCGAGUAAAGAUCAUGUGGACAGUAGUCACCAGCCUCCCGAUUCCGGCAAAGAAGUCGAUUCGAUUAAGAUUCUGCUGAAGCGGGGAAUCAUUUUAGGAGCAGUGGCGUUUGGAGUUAUGUUGUAUGGAUGCCGGAAAGUAUUAGCUUCGACAAAUGUGGUGGAUGUUGCUUUUGGUCAGAGCGUAUUGUUGUUGAGAAAUUGCUGGCCAAAAACUUGUCAGGUUCUUAAAGUUGUUCGAGAGCAAGGUCUGAUCUUAGCUGCGCUUCUCGGUCUAUCAGCAUUCUUCUCCAUGGCAGAGACCUCCAUCACCACUCUCUGGCCGUGGAAGGUGCGUGAGCUGGCUGAAAAGGAACCUGAAAAUGGCGUUUUCAGAAUGCUCCGUAGUGAUGUUACCAGAUUCUUGACAACCAUACUUAUUGGGACAACUGUUGUGAAUAUCGCGGCAACUGCCUUGGUCACGGAAGCGGCAACAGCUAUAUUUGGUGAAGCUGGUGUUAGUGCAGCCACUGGGUUGAUGACGGUAGCCAUAUUACUCCUGACCGAGAUAACUCCAAAAAGUGUAGCCGUUCACAAUGCUCAAGAGGUUGCAAGGAUUGUGGUCAGACCAGUGGCGUGGCUUUCCUUGGUUUUAUAUCCAGUUGGAAGAGUUGUGACUUAUAUUUCCAUGGGAAUUCUAAAAAUUCUUGGUUUGAAAGGACGGAGUGAACCAUAUGUUACGGAAGAUGAGUUGAAACUAAUGCUACGUGGUGCAGAAUUAAGUGGGGCCAUAGAAGAGGAAGAGCAGGAUAUGAUUGAGAAUGUGUUAGAGAUAAAGGACACACAUGUUCGAGAGGUGAUGACCCCUCUUGUUGAUGUAGUUGCAAUAGAUGGCAGCGGCAGCCUUGUUGAUUUCCAUAACUUUUGGGUGACUCAUCAGUACUCAAGGGUGCCUGUUUUUGAGCAGCGAAUUGAUAACAUAGUUGGUAUUGCAUAUGCUAUGGAUCUUCUAGAUUAUGUCCCCAAGGGUGAGCUGCUAGAAAGUCUGACCGUGGUGGACAUGGCGCACAAACCUGCAUACUUCGUCCCUGAUUCAAUGUCGGUAUGGAAUCUUCUUAGAGAGUUUAGAAUAAGAAAAGUUCACAUGGCAGUUGUUCUUAACGAAUACGGUGGAACCGUUGGAAUAGUAACUCUUGAAGAUGUGGUGGAAGAGAUUGUUGGUGAAAUAUUUGAUGAAAACGAUUCAAAGGAGGAGAUUCAGAAGAAAACAGGUUAUAUCGUGAUGAGAGCUGAGGGUAUCUAUGACGUUGAUGCCAACACUUCGAUUGACCAGUUAUCUGAAGAACUCAAUAUAAAGAUGCCAGAGGGACAUCAGUACGAAACAGUCUCAGGUUUUGUCUGCGAGGCCUUUGGGUACAUCCCAAAGACUGGUGAGAGUGUGACGGUAGUCCUCGAAAAGGAAAACUGGGAAGAGCAUGAUGAACAUGAAGAGGGUAAACACGAGCGCCAAGAUCAGAAGGAGAAGCACCAAGUUUAUAGACUAGAGAUCCUAGCAGGGAAUGCCAGAAAAGUGAGCGCAGUCCGGUUUGAAAGAGUUAGUGACAUGAAUGAAGUUUCAGAUGCGAAAAACAUGGUUCCCAAGUUCGUGAGAAAAUGGGGCAGUGAGGAAGAACACGAGGGGAAUCACCAAGCCAAAAUUGCAGUCUCGGAUGAGCAUCUAACUACUGAAACUGCAAGUGUGAAGAAAGAAAACUAA